UAAGAGUCAAAUUGACUGGUCAUAUUGUGUAACAAAAAAAGAGUUAUGACCUUAGCAUGGGUUAAGAUGAGGUCUAUUUUGACGCUAAUAAUUAUAUUCCCUCUAUACUACAUGUUCCAUUUUUUCCCCACAAAUCAUGAAUGUUAUCUCAUGAGACAGCAUUCAUGAUUUGCUCAUCACCUUCUUCCUCUUCUUUUUUUCUGAUUUUCCUAUAAGGAAUCAGACAUACCCCAUAUCCAAAUUCUGUCAGAAUUAUUAGAAGAGGAACAUAAUUAACUACUAAUUAAACCAGGUUUUUUUGCAUAAUUAAUCUUGAUUAAUUACAUGUAAUAAUGGCUUUGAUGUCCCAAGACAAGAUCUAAUUGCAAGGGGGCUGAAUAUAUAAUUAAGGCAGAGAGAUGGGUGCAUGUUGUACCUGUCAAAGGGGGCAAAAAUUGGAAGGCAAGAAUCAUCAUCAUCAUAGUUAUUUUGAGGAGAAUAAUGGGGAACAAAAAGAGGCUGAAGAUGAUUAUCAAAGCAUGGUAGGAAGAGGAGAUUUUGGUGCCAAUGUAAGGUUGUGUGGAUUUUCUAAAUUUGUAUCAAUGUAUAGUCAACAAGGUAAAAAGGGGAUCAAUCAAGAUGCCAUGACUGUUUGGGAGAAUUUUGGUGGACAGAAAGGUAUGUUCUUUUGUGGUGUCUUUGAUGGACAUGGACCAUCCGGACACAAGGUGGCACGCUAUGUUAGAGAUUCGUUACCUUCCAAAAUUUCAUCGUCCAAUGUUAUCAAUACAAACAAUAUUAGAUGGGAUGUCGAAAAAGAUGAUGAAACGGACAACCCAAUCUUUGCUGCAUGGAAAGAUAAAUUUCUUGAGUCCUUUAAAGAAAUGGAUGAAGAACUUGAAGGUGAUGGUUCUAUUGAAAGCUAUUGCAGUGGUACAACUGCAGUGACUUUAGUUAAACAGGGAGAACAUUUGAUAGUUGGAAAUUUAGGAGAUUCUCGUGCUAUUAUUUGCACCAGGGAUGAAAAAAAUGAGCUUGUUGCUCAACAACUCACAGUCGACUUGAAGCCGAACCUACCAGCUGAAUAUGAAAGAAUCAAAAGUUGUGAAGGAAGAGUUAUGGCAAUGGAAGAAGAACCAAAUAUAUACAGAGUGUGGAUGCCUGAUCAAGACUGUCCUGGCCUUGCCAUGGCUAGAGCUUUCGGAGAUUUUUGCUUGAAAGACUUUGGUCUCAUCUCAGUUCCUGAAGUAUAUUACAGAAAGCUCACUGAAAAAGAUGAAUUCAUUGUCUUAGCAACAGAUGGGUUGUGGGAUGUUUUGAGCAACGAUGAAGUGAUUCGGAUAGUAGCUACAGCGAGGAAGCGAUCUAUUGCAGCAAGACUGGUGGUGCAUCAUGCAGUUCGAGCCUGGAAAUACAAGUACCCUUGUGCCAAGAUCGAUGAUUGUGCUGUAGUAUGCUUGUUCUUGAAACGCCAGAAGCCUCUGCUAACGAAAUCAUUGUCAGAAGUGACCGAACUGAGCUUAAAUUACACAGAAAUAGCAAGCUACACCCCCAACUCCAAGAUAGAUGAUGGUCUUGAUACACUGCUAAAUUAUCAACUCAAGGAAGAAAAAGAUCCAAAUGUUGCAACUGGACUUAAUGAUGACCAUAAAAAGAGUUCUUCAAGGCACGCUCGUUACCUUAGCAGAAGAAAAUCUGCAAUGAAUUUUUGAGUCCAUUAUAAUCAACAGUAAUGUGUGAAACUAAAAAAAAUGUAAGCUAUAAAAUUAAAUGAAAUACUUGUAUGUAUUUUGAUUUGUAUAGUAGUCAAAUAGCCUAAGGUAAAAGAGAAUGGUUGGGUAGAUGAUGGUAUAUAUAUCUGGCAAAAGAAUGAUGACAAAAUCAGGAUUGACACUUUCGAGGGUUGAAAAUGUUGUUGGUAGAUAACCUAGCUGCCAUUAUCAUGAAUCAUGAUACAACUCGGGUCGAGGACCGGGGAAGUUUAAAAGAGGAUGAAACCUAGCAGCUUCCGGUC